CUGAAAUUGAAGACGGAAGCACGGAAGCACGAAGGUGUAGACAGGAGAUCAAUUGCGCAGAAAGGUAGGAGAUCAGCCUCCACUCAUUCACGAAUUCUGAAAUUGAAGACGGAAGCACGAAGGUGAAGACCCGCCGGCGACACGCUCGAUUUUUCCAUCGGCUGUACGUCUCACAGCUUAAGAAUUUUGGUAGAAGAAGAGUUUUGAAGAAGAAAGAAUUUGUGACGGGUUCAUAAUGUCUAUAUCAUAUGGCUUCAACAACUUGCAAGGAUCAUGGUCUCAGCCUCGGGUCCUUUUGCCAUUACUAGCCGUGACUGGACUUGGACUUGGAAUUGGAAUUAUUUGCUCUUCUCUCAAAAGAAGCCAGGUCUGCAACAAGUACGGGGAGGACUUGAUUAGUGAAUUGCCAGAAGAUGUCCUGUGUUUGAUACUCUCCCAAUUACCUACAAAAGAUGCUGUAAGGACUAGCAUUUUGUCUAGAAGAUGGAGAAACCUCCAUGUUUUUCUCCCCAGAUUGUCGUUGAAGUGUCCAUGUGCAUUCAAGGAACCUUCAAGCCAGCAAGACGACACUGGUCUCCUUGAUCGGUGCAAGUGUAGAAUCUUGACUUUUAUAGAUCGUUUCAUACGGCUACGACAAUGCGCUUGCCGUCGUUACUGGGACAACCAUGGAAUCUUGACUUUUAUGGAUCGUUUCCUACAGCUACAACAGAGACACAAUAUUAAAUCAUUUCAGCUGUCAUGUUGUUUAGGGGAAGAAUUCAGCAGUCGUGUUGAGCGAUGGAUGAGAUAUGCUGCUAGGUCAAACAUAGAGGAACUUGUGCUCAGGCUUUCUUGUGAUGACCCUGGAAGCACAAGAGGUCUGAUUACACUUUCUUUUCAGGGAAAAUUUCAGACCCUUUCGCUGCUUAGGUUGGACGCAGUCUCAUUAGUUAAUGAUGAACUGGGCAGCAUCUUUUCAGCCUGUCCAAAGCUCGAGUCUUUAAUGUUGACAUAUUGUAGACUUCCUUCUAGUUUACUUAUGUGGGUAGGGCGCCAUAUGCUGAAGUCUUUCACAAUGACAAGUUGUAUCGGGGUAAAGGACAUAGUUCUUUGGGCUUGGAAUUUGACUAGCUUGGAAAUUGCUUGCUCCCAAAAGAUAAAUAUUUUUCUUCGCAUUGUUCCGAAGCUGAAACACCUUUUUGUUAGGUUAAAAUACUCUGAUCAUUUGUCAUAUAUUAUUAAUGAAGUUGUCAAGAACCUGCCUGAACUUGAAACCUUACAUGUUGAAUCACGGCUCAGUGAGAUGUAUUAUUCCUCACUAGGAGGGCGUGAGUUGAACAAUUUUGUCAAUUUGAAGGAAGUAUAUGUACUUGUAGACUUUAGAGACAUGUGUGGUGUUCAACAUAUUGCCAGCAUAAUCAGCUGCUCGCCAUUUCUACGCAAAUUCCAUCUGGUGACAAAUGGGACAAUAGACUAUGGAGUACCGGCAAGGCCUGACUGGAACCUAACAUCUGAGCAUAUUCAUCUGAAAGAAGUGGAGAUUGGGGGAUUUCAUGGGCACGCGGCCGAGCUGGAAUUGAUUUCAUAUAUCCUUAGAAUUGCUGUGUGUCUUGAGCGUAUGACCAUCAGCAAGGGUUAUGAGUAUUACGUCGGAGGAGGGAAAUGGGAGAAGAGCUCUAAACAAGAGUCUAUGGUAAUGGAUGAGAAGCAACGUCAAGUAGUAUGCCAACUCGUGAAGGGAACCAGAGUUAACUCUCCAAUUGCUCAACUCAUUUUACAUUAGCAUAUAGCACAGUAGUGUGUGUUUGUAUUGUACUGGGUAGUGAACUAGUGAGUGUCAAAAUUUAACACCCAUAGGGCUGCUGUUAAAUUAAACUUUAUGUACUCAAAUGGAUGCCCCUGUUACUGCUAUUACGACAUC